GUGCCCUGCAGUCUCUCCACUUCACAGACUUCUCAUCUCUAGGAACCAUGUCUACCAAAACCACCAUCAGGAGUCAAACCAGCCACCGAGGCUUCAGUGCCAACUCAGCCAGAGUCCCAGGGCUCAACCGCUCUGGUUUCAGCAGUGUGUCUGUGUGCCGCUCCCGAGGCAGUGGUGGCUCUGGGGCCAUGUGUGGAGGAGCUGGCUUUGGCAGCAGGAGUCUCUAUGGUGUGGGGAGCUCCAAGAGGAUCUCCAUCGGAGGGGGAAGCUGUGGCAUUGGGGGAGGCUAUGGUAGCCGAAUGGGAGGAGGCUUCGGCUUUGGAGCAGUCGGCAGUGGCUUUGGAUUUGGUGGUGGAGCUGGCUUUGGAGGUGGCUUUGGGGGCGCUGGAUUCCCCGUGUGCCCCCCUGGAGGCAUCCAAGAAGUCACCAUCAACCAGAGCCUCCUCACUCCUCUGAACCUGCAAAUUGACCCCACCAUCCAGAGGGUGAGGACUGAGGAGCGUGAGCAGAUCAAGACCCUCAACAACAAGUUUGCCUCCUUCAUCGACAAGGUUCGGUUCCUGGAGCAACAGAACAAGGUCCUGGACACCAAGUGGACCCUGCUGCAGGAGCAGGGCACCAAGACUGUGAGGCAGAACCUGGAGCCAUUGUUUGAGCAGUACAUCAGCAACCUCAGGAGGCAGCUGGACAGCAUCAUUGGGGAGAGGGGCCGCCUGGACUCAGAGUUGAGGAGCAUGCAGGAUACAGUGGAGGACUACAAGAACAAAUAUGAAGAUGAAAUCAACAAGCGCACAGCAGCAGAGAAUGAAUUUGUGACCCUAAAGAAGGAUGUAGAUGCUGCCUACAUGAAUAAGGUUGAACUGCAAGCCAAGACAGACAGUCUGACAGAUGAGAUCAACUUCCUGAGAGCUCUCUAUGAUGCAGAACUGUCUCAGAUGCAAACUCACAUCUCAGACACAUCUGUUGUCCUCUCCAUGGACAACAACCGUAGCCUGGAUCUGGAUAGCAUCAUUGCCGAGGUCAAGGCCCAAUAUGAGGAGAUUGCUCAGAGGAGCCGGGCUGAGGCUGAGUCUUGGUACCAGACAAAAUAUGAGGAGCUACAGGUCACAGCGGGCAGACACGGGGAUGACCUGCGCAACACCAAGCAGGAGAUCGCUGAGAUCAACCGCAUGAUCCAGAGGCUGAGAUCUGAGAUCGACCACGUCAAGAAGCAGUGUGCCAACCUGCAGGCUGCCAUUGCUGAGGCUGAACAGCGUGGGGAGAUGGCCCUCAAGGAUGCCAGGGGCAAGCUGGAAGGGCUGGAGGAUGCCCUGCAGAAGGCCAAACAGGACAUGGCCAGGCUGUUGAAGGAGUACCAGGAGCUCAUGAAUGUCAAGCUGGCCCUUGAUGUGGAGAUCGCCACCUACAGGAAGCUGCUGGAAGGAGAGGAGUGCAGGCUGAAUGGUGAAGGUGUUGGACCAGUCAACAUCUCUGUGGUGCAGUCCACCAUGUCCAGCGGCUAUGGCAGCGCAGGUGGUGCCAGCAGCAGCCUGGGCCUGGGAGGAGGCAGCAGCUACUCCUACAGCAGCAGCCUGGGCCUGGGAGGAGGCUUCAGUUCUGGCAGUGGCAGAGGCAUCAGCGGUGGCCUCAGCUCCUCUGGUGGCAGCUCGUCCACCAUCAAGUACACCACCACCUCCUCCAGCAGGAAGAGCUACAGGCACUGAAUUUCCUGCCACCAGAGCUGGUCCCUGACCCCCAGACCCCCUGGCUGCAGAGCCCUGUGCUCAGGUGCUCUCCCUGCUGGCCUCCCACCUCUGCCCUCUGGUUUGGGCAGAGGAACUGAGUCCUUGUUGCUCCUGUCUGUCAUCUUCUGAUUGUCUUCCUCUGACUUCACAUCACAAUUCACUCACAUUUGGUGCUUCGAGUUGUAUUUAGGUUUCCAGGCUCCUGCCUCCCUGCCUCUGUCUCUGAGGCUGCUUGUGAAAUGGUGUCCUUAUUCCUUUCAUUCAUUCUGGAAACCAUUGUCUGGGUCCUACUCAACAAAACCGGAGCUUUCCUUAAGUCUCAAGUGGCCUGAGGAAAGCCCAACUUCAACGUCAUGAAGCUCCCUGGCAGUAACUUGAUAACCUAAGGCAACAGUCCUGUGAUGUAUGAAGUCUGUGCUCAUGUGACCUUUCCUCUGCUCUUUGCUUUCUUGAUAUUGCUGAAUAAAGCAGGUUUAUA